CUGCACCAAGGCCGCCAGUGGAAGGGAGCAGUGGGUUUUGCUGUUUGAGAUGCAGGGACAGCGCACCUGGGAGAAAGCCUACCAGCAUCACCGGAGAAAGGUCCAGGAUGCCCAGCCCCUCGUGGACACUCGCGCCCCACUGAGCCUCAGCCACCUCCGCCUGAAACUCAAGAAGCUGAAGCUCGAGGAGGAACGUCUCGCGGUCAUCGACAGGGAUAACCGCUUGCUGCUGGAGAGGGUGUCCUGCAUCAUGAGGACCAGGGGACAGACUGAGAAAGAAACAACUGCACAUGUAAGAGACGAGGUGGCCACUCCCAGCCUCGUGCUGGUGCUGCUUUUUCCCAACCACAUUGUUUUUUACCCAAAGUGCAGUUCUCUGUAG